CGACGCUAGACGUCGCGCGAGAUGAAGGCGCUCGACGUCGCACCGGACGUCACGCUGAACGCACCGCCCGGACUCGACCUCAACACGACGGCACACCGAACGUCACGCCCCCAACCAUCCUCCAUCCCCACCCUCCCCCUCCCUACCCCUCCGCUCCCCUCCGCUCCCCCUCGCACCCUCUCCUCACCCCUACAUAUCCCGCCCCCCGUCUCGCUCAAUACUUACCUGUAGUACUGAUACAUCGUUCACUGGAUGCGUCGCUGAUACCAUAGCUCGCGAGCGUCCAUGAUCCUGUCACCGCCGUCAUUCAAUCUCGUCCGCCACCGUCCAUACUCUCGCUCGCGAGCGUCAAUACUCUUGUCCCGAGCGUCCCUACCGGUACCAUCGCGCGCGCCCAUACUCUCACUCAUUCGCAACCCCGUCCACGUACGCAUCCCGCAGAGACCUUUACUCUCCCUGCUGCUCCCAUUGAUUCCUCGUAUCACUUACCCCACCCCGCCCUCCUACCGACGUACACACUCACCCUCGUACGCAUCACUCAAACCUUCACCUCCCCUACCGCUCAUCUUCACCUCCCCAUAUCAUCUACCACCACUGCCCCUGUUAUUCACCUCCACCUCUUUCGCAUCGCUCCCUACCGCUCAUCACACCCACACACUUUGCAGAUGCUACAAAAGGUCACGAAUUCUGAAUGUCUGAUUUCUCGUUAUCCUUCCACUACCGCAAUUCUAGACACGGUGCCUCAUUGCGCGCCGACGCCAGCCUCAUCGCGUACCGA